AUGCUGCGGCUCGUGCGCGGCCCGCGUGGUCGCGGGUUGGCCGUGCGACGGGCCGUGCGAGAGGGCGAGGUGCUGCUGGACGAAGCGCCUCUGCUGCUAUACGUCGACGACGAUGUGUGCGACGACUACUGCUCGCACUGCCUGCGGUUCCUCCCCUCCGCCACCAGACCCGCGGAUGCCGCCGCCCCGCCCUCCCCCCUUCCCUUCGCCAUUCCCCUUCGCUGCCCCCACUGCCGCAUCUGCUCCUUCUGUUCCCCCGCUUGCCUCGACCAAUCACAAGCGGCCACGCACACCCCCUUCCUCUGCCGCGCGCUCUCUCGCCUCCCCCCUCGCUCCGCCACGUCAGCUUCCGCCGAUGGUGAGCCAUCCGCGCCACAGCCAAUCAACGAAGAGAGGCCAGAUGACACGUCAGCAGGGGGUGACGCUGACAGCGAAGCAGCGCUGCUGAGCAGCGAGGACAGGACAGCUGUCCGCUUCCUAUUGGCCGCGUACGACCUGCUGGUGCAUCCGCGCGCGCUGCCCCCUUUGGCGGAGGCAGUAUGGGGGGAGGAAUUGGCGCAGAGAGCAGGCAGCGGACGGGACAGUAAGGGGGAGGUUGAGGGGGACGGGGAGGAAGUAGAGGGAGGGGGAAGGGGGGGCCGGGGGAGGAGGACGUGGAAAGGUUUCUUUGCGCUGCUGAUGGCGCUGGAUGGAGGGGAUGAUGGGGAGGGCGGGAGAGACGGAGAGAGAUGCAAGGACGCAACCAAUGCAGCUUCUGUCGCUGUGGAUAAUGGAGCUAGUGCUGGCAGCAGCAGUGCAAAAGCGGUUAUCACAGCAGUGGACGCGGAGAGCAAGGGGGAGGAGGAGAGGGCGCGAGCACGGCGGGUGCACGAGGCAGUGCUGCGAGUUACCCGCGACUGGGCGUGGCCCGCUGCCUCUACAUCAGCCGCCAAUGCACGCGUUGAGGAAGGCAGUAGGGAGGGAAUUAGGGAGGGCGCCGAUGCAUGCGAUGCACGCUCCAUGGGCCCGCCAUCGUGGGAGGUGACGUGGGCGCUGCUGGCUCGAGACACGCGCAACAGCUUUGGCGUGAUGGCGCCGUUCAGCCCGGGGGGAGAGCGGGCUGUGCGUGGGUAUGCGGUGUAUGGCACUGCAUCGCUGGCCAACCACUGCUGCUACCCCAAUGCCUGCAGGUUUGACUACUUUGACUCCGUGCCGCCUGCCAGUGCCCUCGCCACCACCAAUGGCUUCAGCAGCAGCACGCACAUGCAGCUGCGGGCGAUGAGGGACCUGGAGUGCGGAGAGGAGGUGGUGCUGUCGUACUUCCCCCUGGGCUGGCGCCUGGGGGAGAGGAGCGCGCGGGUGAAAGAGGAGUACGGGUUUGAGUGCGGUUGUGAGCGGUGCGAGCUGGAGAGACGGAUAGGUGGUGAUGAGACAGCAGCAGAGGAGGAUGGUGAUGAUGCAGACGGUACAGCUGAUGGGGACGACAGUGAAGAGGACGGGGAUGGGCAGGCUGCUGACGUGUCAGAUGCUGAGCUGGCGCACGCGCUGUUCUUCAUGAAGCAUCUGUGUGCCGUGGAGGGGUGUGGCGGUACCAUGGCUGCCAGGCCAGGGACAUGGGUGGGAGGAGGGGGAGGGGUAGGGGAAGAGGGAGGGGGGAGUGAGAGAGGAGAGUAUGAGGUGGCGGAUGACAUGGAGUGCAACAUGUGCGGUGCGUUGCAGUCUCGACACGAGUUGCUCAAUGCUUUGUGCUCGUAG